AUGAAUGCACAAGUUCCAUCACCACCCACCUUCAUUGCAUCUGCUUCUUGCGAUGCAAAUGCAAUGAAUCUCUCAAUCUCAACCAAAACCACCACCUUCCUCCGCUCACAGGUCGUCGAAGAAACUAGCUCCGACGAGUUCAACCGGCGUUUAUGGCAUGACCGGAUGCAUUUAAAGAGGAUGAAACCGGCGGAGAAAGUGGUGGCGGAUGGUUCACGGGAACAACAGUCGCGGCGGAGGAAAAUGUCCAGGGCUCAUGACGCCAUCCUCAAGUACGUUUUGAAGAUCAUGGAAGUUUGCAAAGCUCAAGGUUUCGUAUACGGUAUUAUUCCCGAGAAAGGAAAGCCAAUUACUGGUUCCUCAGAAAGCUUACGAAAAUGGUGGAAAGAAGAAGCUUGUUUCGACCAAAAUGGUCCAUUGGCCGUGUCGGAAUACCAUUCGACAAUGGCCGCCGUCGAACAAUGCGACGGUGAACCAGAACCAGAUCCAAACCCAUCUUCUUAUAUAUAUUUGCUGCAAGAUUUGCAAGAUACAACUUUAGGGUCGAUCAUAUCUGCCCUAAUGCAACACUGUGUUCCUCCACAAAGAGGGUUUCCAUUUGAGAAGGGUUUGAACCCACCAUGGUGGCCGACCGGAAAAGAGUUCUGGUGGGGUGAUCAAGGAACCACCGUGAAAGGCCAUGGUCCACCACCGUAUAGAAAGCCUCACGACUUAAAAAAGGCUUGGAAGGUGAGUCUUUUGGCUGCAAUCAUGAAGCAUAUGGCUCCUAAUAUAGAUCAUAUCAGAAGGUUGGCGAUGCAAUCUAAGUGUUUGCAAGAUAAGAUGACAGCUAAAGAGAGUGUUAUUUGGUCUAAAGUGGUGAACCAAGAAGAAACCCUUUUGAACUUAGCACAGAACCACCAAGAGAUUGAACCAGAACCACCAGAACCAGAUGUAUUCAAGAAUUCAAUUGAAGGAGAAGAAACCCUUUUGAAGAAGCUCUCACCGAACCAAAAGAUCGAACCGGAACUGGAUCAUUUCAAGAAUUCAAUGGAAGAAAGGCGUAAGAACACAGAUCGGUGCUUGUAUCAUGCCAAUGAUGAUGGUCAUGGAGCGAUUUCGUGGAUGAAUAUGAUCGAAACUACUGAAAAAGAGCAUUCAAAAGAGAAGGAAUGUGGUUAUGGAAACUUUUGGGACGUUUACGAAAGAAUAGGGAUGAACGAAGGAACGAUGGAUCUUAACGUGAUUCCAUUCGAUCAGCGGGAAUUGCGAAUCGAUCAAGGAACGUCUAUCUGGGAUUUAGGAUAUGAAUCACCGGGGUUGGAAUGA